AUGCCGGUUAUUGAUGAGAGUGCCGAUGAUAAUCUAAAAUUGAUCAAUACCAAUAAUAAUGGUGAUACUCGUUAUAAACUAGUAGGCAUUAUUGUACACAGUGGACAAGCUAAUGGUGGUCAUUAUUAUUCAUUUGUACAGAAUAAAGAAGAAUCAAAUUCUUCUGAUCUUCCACAUUGGUAUAAAUUUGAUGAUACAGAUGUAAAUGAUUGCAAAAUGGAUGAAGAUGAAGAACUUCGAUCACAAUGUUUUGGUGGAGAUUAUCCAGCACAAUCAUUCGAUCAACCAGUUAUGAAACGACAACGUCGAUGGUGGAAUGCAUAUAUAUUAUUCUAUGAGAAAAUAUCUAAUGAUGAAUCAAAUUCAGAAAAUAGUCUUGAAAAACAUUUAUCUAAAUUACAACUUUAUGAUCAAACACAACGUAUGCCAUUAUCUGUUCAACGUAGUGUUCGAAAACAAAAUAUAAAAUUUCUUCAUAAUCGAAUACAUUUCAGUCCGGAAUAUUUUCAUUUUAUGAAACGACUUGUACAAAGUAAUGUACAAGUUAUUGUUACUUUCUAUCAACAACAACAACAACAUGGAGAUAAAAUAUCUUCUAAUAAUACAAUUGAAACUAUUGAAGAAUUAGCUUUAGUAAGUGUUCAAAUAGCUACGAAAUUUCUUUUUUCUGUUGGAUGGCGAACAAAAAAAGCUUUACGUGGUCCUGCAAAUGAUUGGACUGAAUUAAUAAUACAUUGUAUUCGAUGGUCACGAAAAGCUCGAUAUUAUCUAGCUGAAGAAGUUUUAUUUAAAUAUCCAAAUCGUUUUCAAGAAUAUCUUAUUGAUUGUACAUCAGCUGAGAUUCGUAAUGCAUUUGGUAAAAUGCUUGUUGCACUUGCUAGUCAUUCACGUCAAGAUGAACAAACAACGAAUAUGCCAACAGAUGAUAUUAAAAAUUAUCUAACAGUUGAAGAAUCUAUUCUUAAUCAUGUUUUACGUUUACUAAAAAAGGAAAUGCCUGAUAAUGUUAAAAUGCUUACACAAUAUUUUCAAUUUUUUGUUAAUUAUUCAUCAAUAGGUCGUCACGAAUGUGAACAAUUAAUACGUCUGAAUGUUCCAACAUUAUUUGUUAAUUUGGCUAAUGAUGAUAAUACAUCAUCAUGUUCAACAUUACCACGUUAUGGUGAACCAGCUAAAUUAUUUGUAAUACUUUCAACAUUAAUUCGUUGUUUCGAUGUUUCCACGUAUUGUAAACCACGUCAACCCGAUACUGAAUUAUUACCAAAUCCAUAUUAUACACAUGAUAAUGGUCCAAUAUGUUCAAUGCCACAACAACUGGCUGAUAUGAUCUAUAAAAGAGAUAUAUUUUUAAAAAAAAUUAUUGAAGAUUCAGGUUCAUGUGAAGAAUCACUUCGGCUUCUUCGUUUUCUUCUUUGGGAAAAUCCUGAUAUAACAUCAAUCGUUCUCAACGAAAUAAUCACUUUACUUGCCAUGUAUCAUACAUAUGAUUUUCGUGGACAUCUUGAUGUACUUUAUAUGGUACUUACAAUUGAAGAUUCUUGGCAAGAAGUACGAUUAUUAUAUACAAUAAAAGGUAUACCAAUGCCAAAUGUUAAUAAUUUACCGGCAACAACGACAACGAAUUGUGGAUAUGAAUCAACUCCUCAAAGUUUAUUCGAUAUGUUUUCAAAAUCGAAAUCAACUUAUCAAAAGAAAGCAUAUCAUUGUAUUAAAACACUUGUACAAUUAUUUUCAAAUUGUCAAAAAGCUCAUCAUAUAUUAAAAACUGAUACAGAUAUAAAACAACGAUGGUCACAAGCUGUUCGUUGGUUACAUGAACAAUUAGAACGAUCAUAUAAUAAUAUACCAUCAAAUUAUCCUUAUUAUCCAUCACAAGGACCAGUUACCAGCAACGAUAUGUCACAAGGUUACUUUAUUGAACGAACUCAAAGUGCUCGAUCAUUACUUGAUAAAGCUGUUGAAUUAUAUCCGGAAAUGGAAAAUGAGGAUGUUGGUUCAAAUAGUGAUGAUCUUGAAGAUGAUGAACCAAUGGAAAAUAUAUCUCCUAAUGUUGUUAUAAAAAAUGUCGCUAGUAAUGUACCAUCAAAAAUGACUCCAACACCACGACGACCAAAUUCCCCAUCGAUUGUUAAUAGUGGAUUAAAUCAACGAAUAUCACCAGCACCAACAACACCAAUACAACAAAAUAAAACUAUGCAUCAUCAUCAACCACGAUCAUAA